CACUCCCCCUGUUCACUCUGUACACACAGAGAGAGAGAGGCAACAACAUUACGAGGCGCUGCGUAAAGACAAACACCGUCUCACUGGAAUGAGCUGUUACACGGGAAUCCCCUCCAAAUCCCCCUCAUCUGGUUGAAACAGCGAGAAGGAAGAGCCCAUAGAAUCAGAUCUGCGGACUUACAAAAACUUAAGUUCAAACAGGAUCCUGAAGAACACUCCCAUCUCAUACCGUGCAUAACUGUGCAUCACCAAGCUGGGAAUACGUUGACAAUAGCGUGAAAAAGCCAACAGCGGGAAAGCGCGAAGGGAGGAGGCAACAGAAAAUAAGAGGGUGAUCAGGGGGCGAGGAGGAGAGGAUGGAGGCCCUUUUUCCUGUGCUGAAGCGUCACCCCGGCCCCUCAUUGCUGGUGUUCUCCCUGAUUUUCAGACUGACCCACCGGUUGCUCCAAAGGCUGCCUGUGCCUAAAGUGGUAAAACAGGAUGACUUUCGCUCCUGGAAGUGGAGGAACCUCUCUGUGUCAAUGGUGCACUCUCUGCUGACUGGGACAUGGGCCUUGACCUGUGCGCUGGUUUGGCCAGAGACGUUGAGCAACCUUCACUCUUACCACACCCCUCUGUCCUACCUGCUUGUCUGCAUCUCAACAGGGUACUUUGUGCAGGAUGCAGCUGAUAUUAUCCUGACAGGACAUGCAAUAGGAGCGUGGGAAUUCUUACUCCAUCAUACAAUAGUGAUCUCGUGUUUCCUGUAUACCCUCUAUACUGAGUUGUAUGUCUCCGGUGCUGUUAUCGCUCUCUUUGUGGAGGUCAACAGCGUCACCCUCCACCUGAGAUUGUUGCUUAAGUUGGCAAAUGCUCAGUCCUCCACUAUGUACUACAUCAACAAAUUCGCCAACAUCUUCACCUACAUCACGUUUCGUCUGAGCACCCAGUUCUACCUCACCUGGUACAUCAUUCACAACUACUCCUGGCUGGACCACGGUUUAUUCUUCCUCAUCCCUAUAAUAGUGAUGAAUAUCAUGAUGCUGAUUUAUUUCUACCGCCUUGUACGCUCUGACUUCUUCCACCAGAGUAAGAAAUCUGUGGGACAGAAUGGAACGCAUUACAACAACUCUAAGAAGUUUCUCUCUGAUUGACUGGGGGAGGUUUACAGAACUGUGUCAUGUUUAUAUUCAGGGCAGGAGUUUACACAUUUUUGUCAAACUGACACCAUUCCUUAUGAUGGAUGUUUUUUUUUUGUUGUGUCAUUGCAAAAGAAAAAAAAAAGCCCAGAACAACUUUUGGUGGAAAAAGAUGCAGCCUUUUUCUGCAAUGUUUGGAAGUCAGAAAGGUGGCUUUUCACAGGGUAAAUACACAGUGCAGCACCACUAUAACUGAAGCCAAUAUUCUGAGUUAAAAACUCUUUUAACAUCUCUCAAACCCAUGACUUGUUACUGCUUUUACUUUUUAUAUAAAAUAGAUUUUCAGUAUCACGUAUUGUGUAAAGGAAUAGCUGAAUGUUUUGGGAAAUAGGCUAUGCUUAAAUGUUUCUUGGCAGGAGUUAGAUAAGAAAGUUCAUACCAGUAAGGUUGUACCCAACUCAGAAUGUCAGUCGAAUCACAAAUGGCUGUUCAGUAUAAAUAUUCUACUACUCUUUUUUUUUUGUCUAUAUACAGUUUGAGAGAUUGAAACAGAGUUCAGCAGGAAGUUCAGGGUGACAAUGAGAUUCACCUAAUAUAGUGAACAAGCCAAUUUUGCCCUCUGAGCUGAUGCGGGCUAACGACGCUAACAAGCGAUCGAUAUUUUGCAACAUUUUGAGACAAUAAAAGAUGUCAAACAAAAGUCAACAACUGUCAUAUUAAGGUGCUGUGAGUUGUAAAUUCACUACUUCUAAGCAGAAAAUAACGUUAUUGCGGAUAACCCUGGGUCUGUGUCUGCAGCUGCAUAUACCAGAGAACAGCGAAAAGUUAGGCGCUUACUCUGCAGCUAAAUCUGGCUGAUAAAGCUUACAAAAAAAGUACUGUUUGACAUGAGGGAAUAUCAGUCGACUGAGGGUGCUACUGUCAGCAACCCGUAAACAUAGCUUAGCAUAAAGACUGGAAACAGAAGGAAACAACUAGCCUAGCUCUGCAAUUAAGAAAAAAAAAUCCAUUUAACACUAAUUAUGUACAGACCACACAACCAAGAUAUAACAUAUUUAUUUGUGAGCCUCAGAGGUGCUGACAGAUAUGGGGAUGUUUUUUUGUCUUUGGAAAGCUCCCAGCUAGCUUUUUUUCCCCUUU